UUAGUGCCGUGUGCAGACAUCCGUGGGUUUAUUGCUUUCAGUCGGAGGUUCUGUACCGCAGAUCGCAACCCGUCACAGCUGACGGCACCCUCAGCAACGAUCAACAACCUCUUUCAAGGCACCUACAUCAUCGUCAGACAUGCCUCCCAAGUUUGGUGGUGGAGAAAAAUGUGGCAUCUGCCAGAAAACAGUUUAUGCCCAGGAGAGGAUUGAAGCUGGAAAUAUUCCUUUUCACAAGCAGUGCUUCAAGUGCCAUAACUGCAAAAUGUCUCUCAACUUACAAAACUAUGCACAAGCAGAGGGACAACUGUAUUGUAAGAAACAUUACCAAGAUGAGGUUGUUGCUAAAAAUACACAGACACCAAUCUUAUAACAGUUCACCAGUGCAAGAGAAGACUACUGAAUGCUGACUCUGCCUGAUGUCUCUCUUCAUAGGCAAUUCGUCCAUUGUAUUUGUAGGUGGCUCGUUUUUGUAGUCAGGUAAUGUGGCAUAGAUAGGUAUCUUGCUAAACUAGAUGUCAGCUGGCCAUAGGUCUGUUGCAGUGUAUUUACAAGAAAUGAACUGGAGUGAAAUUAAUCCACUUGCACUUAGAGAUCCAUGCAUGGAGAUAAUAAAAUAACUCUUAGGGCAACGUCCCUUAUAAAGACCCAGCAUAUUUUAUGUAUUCCUUCACUUCUUGAUAAAUAAGAAACUUUAAAAGUAGUAAAUGUCUGUAGAUGUACAAACCUGUGAACAAAAUAAAUGAACAUAACACUGCUAUGUUGUGUUUUGCAAUGUUUUUUUAUUCUAAGGAGGAAAAAUAUAAAGAGGAAAUUAAGUCCAAGUACUCCUUUCAUAGAUUAUCAGCAUGUAAAACAUCAAUUUGUAGGUUUUGUAACUACUUACUGCAUGGCAGUGGAGUUCUGGAUCAUUCCCACUGUCUAAAAUAUACAUAAUUUAUUGUAACACUUGUACAUUAAGACAUAGAAUCACAGUUGUCUGCUAAAUGUAGAAUUUAAAUUUGUCUCACUUUAAAAUAGGUGCAACAAAUUUUCUGUGUGCCUUAUUGCUAGUCAUGUUUGUGAAAACCACUUUGUAUGCUCUUGGAAUAUACUUACACUUUUAUCAUAUGACAGGCUUGAUUCUUCAUGAGAUACAGAGAUUUUGAGCAACUGGUCAUAUCAGCUUCAGAAUUUUUUGUUUGUGGAUUGAAAGAUUUGUCAUUCAUCUUCAUGCUGGCUUUGUACAGAGCCUUAUGAGAUAUUCUUCAUUUUUUUUAAUAUUCAUCCUAUGAAGAUGUUAAAAAUGAGAAUUCUUUUGAAAUUUAUCAAGUGAUAAUUUGUUUUUAAAAGAUGGUAGAAUCUUUCUAGUUAGUUUUGACAGUGUAUAUAACCAUUUUGUGUUGAAAUUUAAAAUAUCUGGAAAUGGGACAUUUGAGUAAAGUUAUGGGUAAACAAGAGGUAAUACUAUUAAUGUGAUUUCUGUUUUUAUUUCCUCCCUCUGAAACUCUUACCUUUACCAUCUUUAUCUGGAGAUACUUUUUAAAUGACAAGAUCUUUUACAAUGUGCUUAGUCUUCAAUCAUAAGCAUUGACAAUAUUUGUUUAAUGUAAAGUUAAAACUGUUUGUUAAUGUUAGGAAUGUUUAUAUCACAGUUAUUAUAUGAGAAGAAUCAGAUGAUAGAAAAUGAGAUUUUAUAUUCUUGUCUUAAAAAUGUUAACUUUUGUAUGGAGUAUAUGUUACCUUGGUCCCAUGGAGUUCUCUCAAAAAUGCUUCUGUGAAUAAUUAGAAGAAUGAUUAGUGGUCCUAGUGAUAGAGACUCAUGUUAUCAGAAAAAUGGACUGCAAUGUCACUUUUAAACAGCAAUGUAUGGUUCAUAUUACCUCAACAUUUCUAUCACUUAGUCCUUAACAAGAAGCCUGAGAAUGUUGUAACUGUAAGAUCAUAAUGCAGUCCUACAAAAAUUAUUUAAUGAAGGCUACAAAAAUACCACUAUAAGUAUGGCAUUGCAGUGAUGUCCAAUACUCUUUCUCACCACAUACUAUAGUUUGUGUAAGAAUUUGUUUUAGAACUGGUCUUUUUUUUUUAAGCAACCAUUUUAUGAUGCAUGCUUUUGUAAAGUGUAGCAUUGUGCAUUGGACUGACAUUUUUUUUUUUUUAAAGUGGUAGAGAAACCUUUUAUAGAGACCAAUAAAAAAUCAAUUUAU